CGAAUUACUGGCAUACUUAUCAUUGAGGCAUACUUAUCGGAAUUAAUUGUUAAUUGUAUCGCGUUGCAGGGUAGCUUCAUCCUCAGCUUCAAACCCCUCUCCAACAACGGAGUAGCACUGCACUACGCCGCUAUUAGUCUAUAUUAAGGCGUCCACUAAGGUACUGGAGCUACCCCGAGCUACUCCGAACUGGCAUCUGCACACAUCAUGUAAUCUCCGUCUCCACCCCUCUUCGACCUCUCCCACAGCUCAAAUCCGCAAUGACAGAUUCCAUCAUCAGCCUCGACUCCCACCACAACCGCAAUCGCAGCCACGACAAAGACAACGACGACGACAGCAGCCACGACAAGGCCUAUGACGACCACCAUGGCCACUCCAGCCACCGUCUCACCAGCCACGGCCUGACCGCCCACAGCCGCAUCUCGGCCCUCAUCCGCCACGCCAGAAGCUACCAUCGUAUCUACCUUGUGCUGCUUCCCACGCUCUACUUCCGUCUCUCCCCCAUCAUCUUCACACACAAUUCCGGACCGCUGAGCGUCUACCUCGCUAUCGUCCUCGUCUACAUACCAGCCAGGGUGAUACUCGCGGCCUGGCAGCACUUUUCACCGUCCUACGCAGCCACGAGGCGCAAGAGGAGGAGCAGCUUCCUGCUACCGUCCAAUGGGUCAUCUUCUUCGUCACAGAGAGCCAGCGGGGCUGGAGCAGGGCGAGGGAUACUCAAACCGCUGGCUUGGCUGUGCGGCGCACUCUUCAGCUUGUGGGCUUACACGAAAGGCAUCGCAUCGCCCUUUCCAACCGCAUCGUCCAUUGUGGCCUCUUCGCCGACACUACAAGCACACCGGGCCCAGAAUGCGAGCUACUUCAUCGCCGCCUCCUUUUGGAACAACGACGAGAUACUGGACUCGUGGACAUCGCAGACGCUCGAGCUCAUCGACACGCUGGGCCGCGCCAACGUAUACGUAUCCUUGACGGAGAAUGACAGCGAGGAUAACACUGCCAGCAAGCUGCUGCAUUUUGGCCGCGAGCUCACCAAGCGCAAGGUAGCGCAUAGCGUCAACAUCACAACCGACCUGCGCGGGGAUCCGCCCGAAAACCCCUGGCACAGCAUCAGGCACAGGAUGGGGUACAUGGCAAACCUCCGCAACGGCGCCCUGGAGCCUCUCAGCCAGCUCAACAGGCGGUUUGAAAACGUGAUUAUGCUAAACGACGUCGUGUAUCAUCACACCGACGUCCUGAAGCUGUUGGCGGCCGUGGGAGGGGAUGAUGUCAAUGGUCCACAUGCCGAAUCCCCCUUGUCGCACACAAUGACCAAGCCAGGAAAGAGGCGGAUGGCGUGCAGCAUUGACAUGGACGGCGCAACGUUGUACGACACGUGGGUGCUCCGCGAUCGCUGUGGGAGAACUACCAGCGGCUUCUGGCCCUUCUUCGCGGCAGAGGGAGACAGGAGAUCCGUACGCGAGGGGCGCGUUCUCGAAGUCGGCACCUGCUGGAACGGCAUCGUGGUUCUCGAUGGAGACAUGCUCCUCGACCCGCCUCUGCGCAGCAAGAACGCAGACUGGGACGCGGACACGCUUCGCUUCCAGCAGCCCCCAGAGUGCAUCAUAUCCGAGUGCACACUGCUGCCGUUGACCAUUACCAACACCACGGGCGGCGCCCCGGUGGUCAUGGAUCCCUCCGUUAUAGUGGGUUACACCGUCAAGUGGUGGAGGUACUACGCCGUCUGGCUACGUUUGCCCAUUGUGCAGCUGUGGAUGAAAGUGUUUGAGGAGGGAUACUGGAAACUCUGGUGGACAUUGGGGAUGGGCAGCGGCCUCAGAUGGAACGGCUUGGAUGGCGGCAAGGAGAAGAACGAGUGCGUCGUCACAGGGUGGCCCGUCUGCGACAAAGACGAGUACGCCGUCAAGGGAGGGAUGAGAUUUGGCAACUGAGACAUGUGCAGACCGUUUGAUUGUCACGAUUAGGCUUGUGGGACCCGGUGAGACACUUAUCGCGAUGCAUGUCUCGCUCAACAUGCGAGGACAAGUCGUACCACACACGAGACAGAGGUCUUGCAGGUACAACCAGUGGCCAAUGCAAGCCGCCAACGUCCGUCUCCCUUGUUCCGAGCCAUUGGCCCAAUUGCAGCGGCAGCUCAGCAACACAUGACGCGGGAAUUGGAUAGCUCUGCAGGUCAACGGGCAUCAAUCUGCACGUCGCGGCCACUGUAA